GUAGCAAGACUUAAAUAAAACGGACUUCUGUUGCGUUUCGAAAAAUAAUGAUUACGGAAAGUGUACUUUUUAGAGUUUAUGUCGUGAUGACAGUUGUUACUUUUUGUUCUUCAAGUUCUCAUGUUUCGGAAUUGACCGAAAUGGUAUUUAAAGUCCAUAGUGAUGAAAUUGUUUUGUCGUCACACUAUACAGAAGAUGUCUAUUCAGAGUCAUUAUCAAUGUGCGCUUUGAUGUGUUUAUUACAGAAGAAAUGUUGUGUUGCUAGUUUCUUUGAUGAAACUUCGAUUUGUCGACUUGACAAAUCGGAAAAAUGUUGUGCUGUUACUAAUAUUGCUGUUGGAUCGAGAGCUUUGAAAAGAAAUACGUAUUUUCCACCGGUAUGCACUGAAUGUGUCAGCUUCGGUAUGUCUUUGUACAAAAUUAUUGAAAUUACAGCCACUUGGUCAGAGGCAAUGAAUAAAUGUACAUGCUUUGGGGGAUAUUUGGCUGAAAUAGAAACUGAAGCUGAGAGCGAGUUUAUCACAAAUGAGAUAUUCACAAGAAACACUGGGGCAGUCGGAUACUGGUUGGGAGGUUACAACUUUAACAAUGAUAGUGAUUUGGAAUGGAUCAGCAAGCCAAAUGAAAGGAUGCCAUAUACUAAUUAUGCUUCUAACGAACGAAAUCAACCAGCCAGUAAAAAUUGUUUAAUGGCCUAUAAAGAUUUUAAUUUCGAAUGGGUAGAUGGAUAUUGUCACUUGAAAUGUGCAUACAUAUGUGAGAUUUGAGACUCGUACAGAGGAUGCAUUGGGAAGCAGUGGCAGAGGUAGACAAGAAACUAAUUUUUUGAGUCUUUGACUGUGUGCGACAAAUUGAUUUUAAAAAGAUUUUGUUCAUAUUGAAAAUAUAUUUGAUUCUUAUCCCAUUUAUAUGAUGAAAUAUAUAUGUUUGUAUAUUGUUAAAAUCCCCACUUUCUUUGAAUCUGCUGUCUAUGUAUCUAUGCAUUUUAAGUCUUUUCAUAUAAAGCAUUUGUAUGAGUUAUCUCCCAAUUUGUCUGAAGUUUAAAUGCAAUUUGCUGUACAGUUAUGUCUUUUGCUGUAAAAACUUGUCUCCUCAAAUCUCAAUAUGUCCAUAAUAAACUGUCAUACAUUUUG